AUGAAACCUGGCACAGCCCCCGGACCUGAUUUUAUAUCAGCAGACUUUCUUCGGGCUGGUGGCUAUCCACUUCAUGUAAUCUUAGCAGCGCAUGACAUCCUACCUUCAGAAAAAGGAUACCAGACCAGUGGAAGACCUCGCGAAUCGUUCUUAUCCAUAAAAAAAAGUGACCGAGAGGACCUUCGGAACUACCGCCCAAUAUGCUUGCUGAGCGUGUCAUACAAAGUCUUCACCAAGUUCAUCCUCACGCGCAUAUCCAGGACGUUGCAUGAAGCCCAGCCUCAAGAACAAGCUGGAUUCCGUCAAGGGAUCAGCUGCUUGGACCACAUCCAGACCGUGUUGAGGGUCAUAGAGGUGUGCCGAGAAUACCGCCUGCCCCUUGUUCUAACCUUCGUCGACUACGAGAAAGCCUUUGACAGCGUAGAAACGAAUGCAGUACUGUCAGCGCUUGUCGAUCCAGGUGAGAGAGGCCUCGUAUGUGAGGACACUAUCCAAUUGCUACGAUCGAUGCACCACUAA